AUGGCGUCAACACCGCCGCUCAGUCAAGCCACUGGCUAUGGCAUCGUGAUUGGACUGGGCUUUCUCUUUGCCUUUGGGAUGAUGUUGAMAACUUUUGUCUUGAAGCGAUACAACAACGAACUGCAGACAAGUGAAGUCUUCAGCACUGCUGGCAGAUCGGUCAAGUCUGGCUUGGUGUCAUCUGCAGUGGUAUCCUCCUGGACAUGGGCGGCGACUCUGCUGCAAUCGUCAUCCGUCGCCUAUUCGUACGGUGUAUCGGGCCCGUUCUGGUAUGCUUCUGGAGCGACCGUUCAAGUUAUCCUCUUUGCAACCCUCGCGAUUGAGUUGAAGCGCAAGGCGCCAAAUGCACACACCUUUUUGGAAGUUAUUCGAGCGCGCUACGGCCCCAUCACACACGGAGUGUACAUUCUGUUUGGCCUCAUGACCAACGUCCUAGUGACCGCCAUGCUCUUAACGGGUGGCUCCGCUGUGGUGACAUCCCUCUGUGGUGUUCCUACGGCAGCUGCAUGCUUUCUGCUACCCAUCGGCGUUGUGCUCUAUACGAUGUUUGGCGGUAUCAAAGCAACGUUCCUAACAGACUAUGUACACACUGUGGUGAUUUUAGUCAUCAUCUUCUUGUUCGCCUUCACAGCAUACGCUACGAGCAGCGUGCUGGGUAGUCCUGGUGCGGUCUAUGAUGCGUUGGUUGCUGCUUCUGAUCGACAUCCUGUGGAAGGCAAUGCAGAAGGUAGCUACCUUACGAUGAGAUCCAAGGAGGGUGCGAUAUUCUUCGUGAUCAACAUCGUGGGCAACUUUGGUACCGUCUUCAUGGACAAUGGUUACUACAACAAAGCAAUCGCUGCGUCCCCUGUACAUGCGUUGCCUGGAUAUAUCGCUGGAGGACUAUCGUGGUUCGCCAUUCCAUGGUUAUGCGCCACGACUAUGGGCUUGAGCGCUCUGGCAUUGGAGACAAAUCCAGUCUUUCCCACCUACCCAAAUCGUAUGGACCCCGCCGAGGUCUCUGCUGGCCUCGUGCUACCCAAUGCAGCGGUAGCAUUGCUGGGAUCUGGCGGAGCAUUAGCAACACUUCUCUUGAUCUUUAUGGCCGUAACCUCUGCAAUGAGUGCUGAGCUCAUUGCAGUCUCAAGCAUAUGGACCUACGACAUCUACAAGACUUACAUCAACCCGGACGCUUCCGGCAAGCGGCUCAUCUACAUGUCGCACACCAGCUGCGUUGUUUACGCCAUCUUCAUGGCCGGCUUCUCCACAGGACUGCACUACGCGGGCAUCUCAAUGGGAUACCUCUACUUGCUGAUGGGAGUGAUUAUAUCUGGUGCUGUUCUCCCUGCUUCACUCACGCUUUUAUGGGAUCGCCAAAGUUGGGCAGCCGCGACAUUCUCGCCACCUCUAGCGUUGUGUUGCUCGCUCAUCGCAUGGUUGGUUACAGCUAAGACGCAGUACGGCGAGCUUUCCGUGUUAACGACGGGAUCGAACAAUCCUAUGCUCGCUGGAAACGUGGUAUCACUGCUGGCUCCUGUAGUUUUCAUUCCAGUACUGUCGUUUGCCCUGCGGAAUCCAAAGUAUGAUUGGCUUUCGAUGAAGAUGAUCCGGAAAGGAGAUGAUUCCGACCUUGCUGCCGCCGCAGAUGUUGAUCUGGAGCUCGUACCGGGAGAGACGAGUCGAUCUCAGGAUGAAGAGGAAGAGGAGCAAAAGAAGCUACAGCGGGCCGCUAAGAUCGCCAGAACACUCACCGUAUGCAUGACCCUUGCUUUGCUGGUGCUAUGGCCUAUGCCUCUCUAUGGGAGUGGAUACAUCUUCAGCAAGAAGUUCUUCACCGGCUGGGUGACUGUUGGAAUUCUCUGGCUCUUCUGCUCCAGCUUCUGCGUCGGCAUUUACCCUCUGUGGGAAGGCCGUCGUACUAGCACGAGGACAAUCAAGGCAAUCUUCUUGGAUGUCACCGGCCGUGGUAGACCUAUAGUCCAUCACGGAAGAGCGACAGAAAGGGGCGAUGAUACGAGGGAAUCUGAGUCCCAGGAGAAGUAUACGAAGAAGACAGCUACGCCUCCAGAAGUGGAGAUCAAGUGA